AUGACUCCUAUACUUCAAAGAAAGAAACUUCACCUUAAAGACAAACCUACUGCCACAUUCUUCAACCGAAAGAAUCAGAAGAGAGAUGUGGAUCUGAAUAAGCGUCUGAGGGCUCCUACACAGGCUUUUUUCUCUCAUCUGAGUUGUGUGGCACAGCCUUGCUUCUCCAGUCAAAAUGAUGAUCAGAUCUCUGCUGCACACAUUACUCUUGAACAGCAUGGUGACAAUCUAACGGUCAAACUCAAAAGUGAGCUGGCUGGGUUGCCGUUCUACUGGGAGUUUCGCUGCACCGCUGCACCUGUUGGCGUGGUGUGCAGGCAGCUGGUGCGCCCCCUGCUGGGAGUGAGUAGAGUGCUGCAGCGGCAAGUGGAGGAUCUAGCAGCUCUUUUGGCUCGGAAGGAUGCGGAGAUACAGGACUAUCAGGAGAACGGAGCUGUCCUAAGUAGAGCCAGACUACAGACGGAGCUGUUUGAGGUGCACAAGUACAGGGAGAACUUCUUCACAAAGAUUGUUCCACAGAUGGGUGUGACGCUGGAUAGUUUGGGUUUUGACUCGGAGUUGCAGGCACUGUACAUGGCCGUGAGCUCGGGGAAAACGGGUCCGAAACGAAAACGCUCUCCUGACAGCAGCCCUACGACAGAAGACAACCACGUCUCUGAACAUCACGCACCCAAUCACCAACACGUCACUGGUGUCCCCACAGAUGUGGGUUCCUCUCUGGCUUCUCAAGAACAGAAUGCUGUCAGAGGAUCAUCAGGAAGACCUCAGGUGGCAGACAGCAAACAGACUGUCCUGUUACCAUCAACUGCUGCUGCUGGUUCUGAGGAGCGUUCCACCUCACGGCCAAAGAAGAAGAAAGUAGUGGGGCUUUUUCGGUGACAAUUCAUGCCUCUGAAUCAGAAUAGUGCACAUAUGGACCCUUUAAUUUUCUGAAUGCUUCAAAGAUAUUUGUAUUCUUUUUAGGUUGGAUUUUAAGUGAUUAUGGACAUUUUAUUAUUGGUUUUUAGUCUGUAUGCCCAUCUUAAUGUUUCUGUGUUUUAAAAGUAAUGAAUAAAAUAUUGCAUUCCUUAAUACAAGUUCUCUGGCAGAGAAUAGGUUAGUAAUGCAUAAGAUGUGUUUUGUGAGUUGCACAUUCAAAUCUGAGUGUCUACUUUUACAUAAUUGUUUUUUCAGUCUGUUGGGGGCAUAACAUUGUGUUUUACAGGAUACUGACUGCUACAGCUAGAAGGCAAGACAAGAAGGUCACUGAAUUUGACAAAUUUGUAAGGUUUGUGGCAUUAGAUAUCCAGAGUUUAGUUUGAGGCCCUUACUAGCAAGUAAAUGUGAUGUGCUUGAGCACAAAUGUAUGUUCCGCUUCAUUUUCCUGGUCAUGUUCCGUAAAAUCUUCGGACUUUUGAAAGGACGGAAAUUCUGACCACAAACCCAACAUCCAUAUUCUACUAAUUUCUUUGGUUUUGGCUCAGCCUUUGUUAGAAUAAGCUACUCCUAUUGUUGAUUUAUCCAUCACUAAGCAUGACCUAUUAGCCAUAUGCCUGCUUCUUAUCUAAUUCAGGCUAGAAUAAGCCAUAAAGUGGACCAGACGGCAUGCCAAUAGGCAACAGUCUGUCUCUGUGAAACUACUCUAAAACCUGCUGAAUUAAAUAUGAAGUGCAUGAUGCUUUAAAUCUAGUAGAAAUAUAGAAGUCUUUUUACUGUAGUAUUUUUGCAGAUUAUUUUCUGAUGCCUGGCCAAAGCACUCUCUAAUUAAAAUGUAUUCAGCAAUACCAGUAACAUCUUCAAGCUGUCAACAGUGCGGUCACAGCGGACCAGAAAAAAUGUCUGCGCCACUGAAGGAGACACAGAACUGUCAUAAUUUUCCUACCAGUAUCAUUUGGUAAUAGUUCUGGCAUUUAACUGGUGAUUCGUCUUCAGUGGAGAAGCCAUUAGUGUUAUUUUAAAGACAUUAGAGUUCCUGGGAGGGACGGCACGUCAUGCCUUGUCUCCAGUGUCUGUCAGUGAAACUAAACCUGACCACCAAUCACAAUUAUUUUUUAUUUUUUUUAUAAAGCUAAAACAUGUUUUAUCUUGCAGUAUUAAACAGUUGAAUACUAUUGCUGAAUCCAAUUUUUAUUUAAAAAUAUGUUUGGGGUAAAAUGGUUUCAGAAAUAGUGGGACAAGUUUCAUGUUUGAUCAUCUUUUAAAUAACAUGAAGUAAAUAAGCAGUUAACAGUCAGCUGAAUUGGCACAAUGACCUUUGUCAUCCAGAAAAGUGGGACUUCUUCUAAAAAUUGUUCUGAUGGAUUUUGAUCAUCAAUCAUCACCCUUUUAUGAGCUAACAUAAAAUAAAAUAAAACAUGU